AUGCCGCUAGUAUGUGCAUAUAGAUAUUUGACAUUGUCCAAUGUAAACCGCCAGCACUUAAUCGAUAAGAUAGCAGCUGUUUUACCUAAAUCGAUAGUAAUGAGAGAUAUCCAAUUGGAAUAUUGCUAUUACAUUAGCAGUUAUCACUUAUUAGAAGGCGAUAAAAUGGAUAAAAUGCUCAAAAUAUUACAAUGUCAAGAAGAAACAUGGAAGCAUUCAUAUUUCGAACUGAUUGAUCACUUUGGUACCUGUCCUAGAAAUAGACAGUUAUCUCAACGUACCGUAAUUGAGGUUGGACCUCGAUUAAAUUUCGAAACAGCCUGGUCCACUAAUGCUAUAUCAAUAUUUCAUGCCGCUGGAAUUGAUAAUGUUAAAAGGAUUGAAAGAUCAAGGCGCUAUUUAAUUCUACUGCAAUCUUGUGCUGAUCCAUUGCACGAGAUCGAUUUUGAUCGAAUCACUGAUAUUUUGCAUGAUCAUAUGACUGAGUGUCGUUAUAGCCACAAUCUUGUGCCUAAUUUUGUGACAGAAUCGAAAAUCGAGCCGUUCUGUUCAGUAGAUGUGAUUGAACGUGGCUCAGCUGCUAUUGAGAAAGUUAAUAAGGAAUUAGGUCUAGCCUUGGAUCGAUGGGAUAUUCAGUUUUAUACACAACUCUUCGCUAAUUAUCUUGGACGUAACCCAACCAAUGUUGAGCUGUUUGAUUUGUCCCAGUCCAAUAGUGAACAUUCAAGGCAUUGGUUCUUCAAGGGCAAAUUAAUUAUUGAUGGUAUUAUAAUGCCAAAGCCGCUAAUGAAAAUGAUUCAGGAAACUCAGAAUACAUCAGGAGAUAAUAAUGUCAUUAAGUUUCAUGAUAAUAGUAGCGCAAUCCGAGGUUAUCAAAUUGAAGCACUGAUAUCAAAGCAGGCUUUUGCUGCAAGUUGCCUCAAUAGAAAAAUAUGCUAUCGACAUAUAACAUAUACCGCAGAAACUCACAAUUUUCCAACAGGAAUUGCGCCAUUUGAAGGAGCAUCAACGGGUACUGGUGGUAGAAUUCGAGAUGUUCAAGCUACUGGACGAGGAGCUCAUGUUAUUGCUGCAACAGUUGGUUAUUCUUUUGGUAGUCUUCAUAUUCCAGGAUAUUGCCUUCCCUGGGAAGAUGAGGCCGAUCAUUAUCCAGAUAAUUUUGCAACUCCACUAGAUAUUGUUAUUCAAGCAAGUAAUGGAGCAUCCAAUUACGGGAACCAAUUUGGUGAACCAGUUAUUUGUGGCUUUACUCGUUCAUUGGCCAUUAAAAUACGAUAUGAUACGGGACAUGAACAUCAGAGACAAGAAUAUAUCAAACCAAUUAUGUUUAGUGGUGGCAUAGGAUCUAUCGAAGAUGGGCACAUUAACAAAUUUCCUCCUCAAUCAGGAUUGAAAGUUGUCAAAAUUGGUGGUCCAGCUUAUCGAAUUGGCAUGGGUGGAGGAUCUGCUUCAUCUCGAACAGUUAAUUAA